AUGGCAGAACCACCAAUAGUUCUCGAUGGAGGAACUGGUUUCCUGAAAGUCGGAUAUGCAGCUCAGAAUUUCCCCGAGUUUCAAUAUCCAUCUAUUGUCGGCCGACCAAUUCUGCGUUCCGAAGAAAAGGGUGACGAUGGCAUGGUCAUCAAGGACAUUAUGUGUGGUGAUGAAGCUGCCGCAGCAAGAACCAUGCUUCAAGUAUCGUAUCCUAUGGAAAACGGUAUCGUGAAGAAAUGGGAUGACAUGCAACAUCUUUGGGACUAUACAUUUUACGAGAAAAUGAAGGUUGACCCAACAGGCCGGAAGAUCCUCUUGACAGAACCGCCGAUGAACCCCUUAAAGAACAGAGAACAGAUGUGCGAAGUUAUGUUCGAAAGGUAUCAAUUUGGCGGAGUGUACGUGGCUAUUCAAGCUGUGUUGGCUCUAUAUGCACAAGGUCUCAGUUCAGGAGUUGUGGUCGAUUCUGGAGACGGGGUUACGCAUAUUGUACCUGUUUACGAAUCUGUUGUCCUCAAUCAUCUUACUCGUCGUCUUGACGUCGCAGGUCGAGAUGUCACACGGAACUUAAUUGCUCUCUUAUUACGUCGCGGAUAUGCCUUGAACAGAACAGCGGAUUUUGAAACUGUUCGACAAAUCAAGGAGAAGCUUUGCUAUGUCUCGUACGAUUUAGAAUUGGAUCAACGAUUGAGCGAGGAUACAACUGUCUUAGUUGAGAGUUAUACUUUACCAGACGGCCGUGUGAUUCGUGUGGGUAGUGAACGUUUCGAGGCUCCCGAGUGCCUCUUCCAACCUCAUCUUGUCGACGUCGAGCAACCCGGUAUCGCCGAAUUUCUCUUCAACACCAUUCAGGCCGCCGAUGUUGAUGUUCGAUCCUCACUCUUCAAAGCUAUCGUUCUGUCCGGUGGAUCGUCUAUGUAUCCUGGUCUGCCAUCACGACUUGAGAAGGAAUUAAAACAAUUAUGGUUGACAAGGGUUCUUGGUGGAGAUCCUGAACGGUUAAACAAGUUCAAGGUCCGUAUCGAAGAUCCUCCUAGGAGGAGACAUAUGGUUUUCCUGGGAGGAGCAGUGUUGGCAAAUAUUAUGGCUGAUAAGGAGAAUAUGUGGAUCACGAAGCAGGAAUGGGAGGAGCAGGGCGCUAGAGUACUAGAAAAGUUAGGACCUAGAUAG